AUGACGCGCCGGCACUCACAGUUCCAGACCGGUCGUAAACCUGAAUUUCAUCAUGGCUUCAAACUAGACGAGACGCAUGUCACGGGCCCAGUACCCUUCCUAAAUCCCACCUCGGCACGCUACGAACCAUCCCAACACCCAGAAGACACUCGCCGACAUGCCAUUCGCAUCGAUACAAAGGCCUUGCCCCAUGAAACGGGGCUUAUAGUACCACCAGUGACGCACUCCAUCCCAGCAAUAGCCAAGAUCUUUCUCCGGAUGGUGACCUACGUCCCGUAUUGGGACGUAUCGUAUCUAGUCGCCGUAAGCUUCACUAUCGGGUCCGCAAUCUUCAUCGUCAAUGGGUUCUUCGUGUGGUUACCGCUGGUAGACAAGAAGACCGAGUUUCACGGUGAAAUUACCGUUGCCGGCGGUUGGACGGGGUUCGUUGGCGCGACUAUCUUUGAGCUUGGGGGUGUCUUGCUGGUUCUUGAAGCUUUUAAUACCAAUCAUACUGGGUGUUUUGGCUGGGCGCUUGAGACUGUCCUCGAGAAGAAUAUCGAGGAUGGGAUUCCUCGACAUACGAUGAACGAGAUCAGGCCGACGGCUUCGAGGUGUGAGCAUCAUCACGCGAAUCGGAAAUCAUUUCUCAGGGAGAAGCAUUAUAAUGCCAAUGACAAUGCACACUCUCAGAGAGAUGAUACUGGUUACGUUACUUCAUCGACAGAUGGGAGGUCAUUCCGAUGGAUUCCGUCGAUGUCCGAACUACGCAGGCAUUACUUUCAUGAAAUUGGCUUUAUAGCUUCUUUUAUCUUAUUUGUGAGCGCGACGAUCUUCUGGAUUGGUGCAAUUGUUGGCAUUCCUGGUAUAUUUAACCACAUAAGUCAGGGACUCACUGAUGGCCUCUACUGGAGUACUGCCACUCUUGGUGGGAUGGGAUUCACUCUGAGUUCAUUACUGUACAUGCUUGAGACGCAGCCAAAGUGGUAUAUUCCCUCUUGGCAUGUUCUGGGCUGGCAUAUCCAGCUCUGGAAUUUAAUUGGCAGUGUUGGAUUUACUCUUUGUGGGGCGCUGGGUCCGGCGAGUAGUAAUUCGGGCGUGAAUUAUCAAUCGUCACUCGCUACAUUUUGGGGCUCGGUGGCUUUCAUGAUAGGAUCUAUGAUCCAGUGGGCACAUAUGACACCAAAUAUUAAUAUCUUCAUUAAAAUCCAGCCGCGCACUUCAUGCAUGGAAGCUUGGUCUCGCCAAUUGACUGAGCACCUUCACGGUAUCAACAAAAAGCUAGGACUUGCUUCCGAGUUCGUCUACAUGGGUGAUGCUGGUGCGUGGCAAGAUCCUUAUGCGGGUUUCCCCAGUGAGAACGUCGCUCGCAUGAGAAAGAUUAGGUCUGCUUAUGACCCUGCUGGAGUUUUCACCACUCUUAGCUGGGGUGGUUUCAAGCUGGGUUUGUAA